AUGGCCUCUAUCUCUGAGCUUGCCUGCAUCUACUCGGCCCUCAUCCUGCACGACGAUGAGGUGACCAUAAAGGCCCUGGCAUAUGUCAACAUUGGGAGCCUCAUCUGCAAUGUGAAUGCUGGUGGACCUGCCCCAGCUGCCAGGACCACACUGGCUGGAGGACCUGCCCCCUCCACUGCUGCUGCUCCAGCUGAGAAGCAAGUGGAAGCAAAGAAAGAAGAUUUUGAAGAGUCUGAUGAUGACAUGGGACAUAGUCUUUUUGACUAA